AUGAACACCAUGCUCGCCGAACUCCUCGCUGACAGCCAAAGAAACAUCAUGAUCCCGAAGGCCCUCAAAAAUCUCGCCGAGGCCAAGCAGAAUCCUGCGCUGCCCGGCGCCCUUAACAAUUUUCUCAUGGGCAUCUCGGUCUCUGCCCUCAUGAUCGGCCUCCAGGAGAUGUUGAAGCCAGAGGUUGCCGCUACGUAUGGUCUUACAGAAGCAAUGACCACUUACUGCGAGAUUGUGGCACCCCGGGGAAGCAAAGACUUGGCCAUUGUCACGAAUGUGAUCGAGGCUGUAUCCGGCAUCGCACCAGGGCAAAGUGGGGCGCCCGCUACCACCGGAACCAGCGACACUCCUUCCGGCGAGCACAACGGUAAACCACCGGAAGAUCAACUCCCGCAAACCGUCCCCGCCCUGCCGGAAAGCAACACUCCGGAAGCAGUUCUGCAGGAGCUGCGUGAAAGCCAGCGCAGCAUGGAUCAGAUCAUCGCCGAGCAGCUCGGAGCGUCGAGAGAACAAUACCGCCGUCUCGAGCAGCAACUGGAGUUAGAGAAGUUGCGUGACGGAGUUACUGUUCGUGCCGAGCAAAUCAGCCGGGCAUAUCUCCCCCGCUUCCCGAACCCCCGCCCCUCAGCCCGGAAAUGA